AUGGAAACCGUCGAUUUGACGGUCAUUGGCGCUGGCUGGAGUGGCCUCGCUGCCAUGAAAACCUACACCCAGGUCAACCCGUCGCACAGUGCCGUCCUGCUGGAGGCCGCAUCGUCGAUCGGUGGUGUUUGGGCUACACACCGGCAGUACACGGGCCUCAAGUCCAACAACAUGCUGGGCACGUACGAGUUCAGCGACUUCCCCAUGGACCCGGCGACGUUUGGCGUGCAGCCGGGCGAGCACAUCCCCGGGCCCGUCAUCCAGAAGUACAUGGAGAAGUUCGCCGAGCACUUCCGCUUCCUCGAUCGCAUCCGGCUGAACACGCGCGUGCGGUCGGCCGAGCGGCGGGCCGACGGCACCUGGCUGCUGACCACGGUCGGGGCCGAGGAAGACGGCCAGGAGCAGACGCGGGUGACGCGCAAGCUCAUCGUGGCGACGGGCAUCACGUCGCAGGCGUACCUGCCCGGCUUCCCCGGCGAGGCGACGUUCGCGGCGCCGCUCUUCCACUGCCGCGACCUCCGGCAGCACGAGGCGCAGGUGCUGCAGGCCGACCGGCGCGUGACCGUGUUCGGGGGCACCAAGUCCGGGUGGGACGCGGUGUACGCGGCGGCGACGGCGGGCAUGCAGGUGGACUGGGUGAUCCGCGAGCGCGGGCACGGCCCGGUGUGGAUGGUGCCGCCGUACGUGACGCCGCUGAAGCGGUGGCUGGAGAAGCUGGUGACGACGCGGCUGCUGACCUGGUUCAGCCCGUGCAUCUGGGGGGACGCGGACGGGUACUCGCGCGUGCGCGGCCUCCUGCACGGCACCUGGCUGGGCCGCCGGCUCGUCGACGCCUUCUGGGCCCUCCUCGCCCACGACGUCGUCCAGCUCAACGGCUACGACGCCCACCCGGAGACGGCCAAGCUCAAGCCCUGGAUCAGCCCGUUCUGGAUCGCCUCGUCGCUCAGCAUCCUCAACUACCCGACCGACUUCUUCGCCCUCGUGCGCUCCGGCGCCGUGCGCAUCCACAUCGCCAGCAUCGACCGCCUCUCCCGCCACACCGUCCACCUCUCCUCCGGCACCGCCCUGCCCACCACUGCGCUCAUCUGCUCCACCGGCUGGCGCGCCACGCCGAACCUCACCUUCCGCCCGGACGCGCUCCACGCCACGCUCGGCUUCCCCUGGGGCGCCGACCCCCUCGCCGCGGACCUCCUCGCCGCCGCCGACGCCGAGAUCCUGCGCCGCUUCCCCCGGCUCCGCGACCAGCCCGCCCGCCCGGAGUCGUACCAGCCGCUGGCGGCCGACGCGCCCGCGGCCGCCGCGCACCCGUUCCGGCUCGCGCGCUUCAUGGUGCCGCCGGGGCUGACGGCCGACCGGUCGCUCGCCUUCAUGGGGAUCACGAUGACGAUCAACACGACGAUGAUCGCGCAGGCGCAGGCGCUCUGGAUCACGGCGUACUUCGGCGGACGGCUGACGCCGACGGCCACGGAGCGGUGCCCUGCGAGCGUGCGCGUGGCCGACGAGAAGCGCGGCCCCGAGGACCAGGCGGCGCGGGACCUGGCGUGGGAGACGGCGCUGCACACCCAGUUCGGGCGCUGGCGGUACCCUGGGGGCUUUGGGGCGCGGAACCCGGACUUUGUCUUCGAUGCCGUGCCGUAUGUGGAUCUGCUGCUGCGGGAACUGGGGGUGAAUCCUGUGCGCAAGACCGGGGUGGUUGGGCGGGUGUUGGAGCCGUACGGCAUGGAGGAUUAUCGGGGGUUGGUGGAGGAGUGGAUGGCGGCGGGGAAGUAG